GACUGUAGCAAUUUAAAUGGUGAAGGUGGUACGGUUAUCGUCAUUUUGACACAGAGUGAUUUACAAACAAACAAAUUUGAUAUUGUUCAGAUAAAGGCAAUAUUACAAAAGAAACUGCCAGUUUUAAUUUAGCUAGUUUUAUUUCGAUCUUCUGUUAAUCUUAAGAUCUACAAUGCCGAAGAAUAAGACCACACCAAAUGCUUUCUACUUCUUUAUGCUGGAUCGAAGAGCUGCAUACCAGGCAAACGGGGCAAAAUUUCCAAAUGGGCUGAAAGAUGUAGCCGAAAUUGCUGGCCAAGAGUGGGCGGUCCUCCCUAAAGCUCAGAGAAAGAAGUAUGAAGACAUGGCUAAAGAGGAGAAAGAGAGGCUUAAAAAAGACACUUCAAGAAAAUUUACAAACUUGCACAAUUCUUUUAAUUACCUGGAAAAGACUCGUAAUGAAAAAGAAGAGACAAAAAAGUUGAUCAAUGACACGAUAGAAAAAACGGUCGCGAGUCUGUGCGUUACCAAAAGGAUUGCAACUUUCAAGUUUUAUCUGAUACACAUCAACUACUUCUACAAGGAUGGCAGUGAGUGUUACCACCCUGCAGAGAUAGCAGUUUCCGAGUUCAGUCUGACAGAGGGAGUAACAAAUGUGUUUCACACAAUAAUCGGGCAAAUAAAAAUAGCAAUUGGCUUCCGUUUGGAUGUCGUAAAUCGCACCAAUGAAGUUCAUCACAUCCCUGCGGAUAAUAACAAAGGAGAGGAGAGUUUUGAAGUAGUUUGGAGAAAUGUGAAAGAAAUACUAAGGGGAGGCAGAAAUGCUCACGGGGGUUCAUAUCCCCCGAUGUAUACGAUGCCGGACAACAUAAGCCUAAACACAAGCAUGGCUUGUGUUAGAAACGUGGUUCAGAUGUUGGCGGAAACGAGUGGUGAUAAUGCCGAUGAUUUCCCUGUAUUCCCCCUCGAGAAGUUAUUUUACGAGCUCAAGUAUGGGUGUGCGAAAUUCGCCGGGGAAGCCGAUGACCCAAGAUCUUACUACCCUAGUGUUCCAUUUGCCUGUUCUCGCCUAGAAAAUGAUAUUUUUAACCUUACUGAGGAAAUCGCCUGCUCACUGCACAUAGAGAAAGAGCAAGUGGCGAACUGCUCGAAGAGCUUUGUCCAGAGAUGGGCCUACAUCAUCUGUGACCAGUGUUGUGCUUACCUUGACAUAGAAGUGGUGCCGGGUAAACACGUACCUUCCAACUCUGCUGUGGACAGUCUGGCCAAGUUCAAAGAGAGGCAGCGAGUGAAAAAGGCUGAAGAAGCUGCUGCUAAAGCUGCCCAGAAACCGUUUACGAUGGUCGACCAAUCUGGAAAGGUUGUGAAAUCUUUUGCCCCGGUUGAGUUGGAACAUCGACCCGUGGCUAAACCAACAGUGCAGCCUACUUUUGUGAGACCUACUGCCCUUAAUCAAUGUUUCAAUUGUGACUUCCCGGAGACGCCGAUUGGUCGAGGAGCAAAUCCUAGAACUCAAAGAAGAUGUGCUGUGGGGUUCAAAAAAAGUUCUCCACGGAUGAGUUAAGCUGCUUUACAAAACUAAACUCCAGCUGCCUGGAUUUGCCCUCCGAUAAUCAGGGAAAGCAGCAAAUACAAAAUAAAGACCAGACCAACAGAAAAGCAAGAUAUUAAGUUAGUGUUUAGUACCAUUUGUCGUACACCGUACCACCAUGUUUUUUCUACUAUUUAGUUCAAAAUUGCUUGUUCAUUUUGCUAUUUGAGCCUGAUAAUGUAGCUCUUAAAAACAAUGAGCUAGGUAUUUUUUUUUAUUAACUGUACCACUAUGCUUUUUUUGUAAUAAUUCAAAAUUGUUUGUUCACUUUUCUCUUAGGCUUCUGAAAGUUCAGACAGAAAGUAAUUUUCUUGAGAAAAUUUAGGAAACUUUGCUAAGGAAAGAUUGUUGGAAGUUGACUAAGUUGAUAAAUAACACGGUAUUUCAGCUAUAUGAAUUCUGUGUUAAAAGAAUUAAGUAAGUUGGUGUUUUAAGAUGUAUAUGUGGUGUUUAUAAAAGCGCUAUAAACAUGUUACCUAUGUAAAUUAAUAUUUUUAUUACUACUAGUCCAAUUUUGUAAUUUAAAUAUUUAUUAAAAGUGUAUUUAAUUUAUA